AAGGAAACCCCACUUAUGGCCUUCACCUUUGGGCACCCCUUCCCCUACCUGAUUCAUGGGGAGCCCAGGUCCACAGGUAAUAGCUAGGGAGUGAGCGGGGCAGUUAUGAACUUAGCUGCUCUGGGGCGGGGAGGAAGGGAAGAUGGGAGACUGUAAGAAGGCCCCCUGCAGCAAGUAAGGGUGACAUAGAAGGCUUCCUGGUGAAGAUGUCUGUAUGAGAUCCUCUGAUGGACAAGAGGUGCCUGGCUGUGACAAGUACCCACUGGGGACAAGGGGCAGGAGCUUUCCCAGGCUGGAAGGGAAACUUGAGAGAUCACUCUGGUGAGCCCCUGUCUCCAUGCAGGCCGGACUGCUGGAAUGGAAAGGGGUCUAAGGAGACCCUCGCCAUCCUUGGGGAGACCCUCGCCCCCUGCCCAUCUGUGUACAGGCAGAGUGCUGCCAGCCCAGGGACAUCCGCCCUCCAUGGCCUGAGAAGCCCGGAGGAGGAGAGGAAACAGGACGCGUAUCAGGAACGCCUUUUCCUUUUCUUUGUAACUAACCCCUCACUCGGGGCUGGGGACAGCUGAGCCUGCCGGGCUGGCCCUGGCUUGCUGCUGCCUGCGGCCUCCAGCUCAGGCCCCAACCUCACAGUCCAUAGCCUGGGUGCUGCUGCUAGGCUGGCCUCUUCACUCCACUGAAUCUUUGGGCUCUCAUCUGUAAAAUGGGAGUGUUCAAGAAGGCCAGUCCGAAUGGAAAGCUCACCGUCUACCUGGGAAAGCGGGACUUUGUGGACCACAUCGACCUAGUGGACCCUGUGGAUGGUGUGGUCCUGGUGGAUCCUGAGUAUCUGAAAGAGAGGAGAGUCUAUGUGACGCUGACCUGCGCCUUCCGCUAUGGCCGGGAGGACUUGGAUGUUCUGGGCCUGACCUUUCGCAAGGACCUGUUUGUGGCCAAUGUGCAGUCCUUUCCGCCGGCCCCCGAGGACAAGAAGCCCCUGACGCGGCUGCAGGAGCGCCUCAUCAAGAAGCUGGGCGAGCACGCCUACCCUUUCACCUUUGAGAUCCCUCCAAACCUUCCAUGCUCUGUGACAUUGCAGCCGGGCCCCGAAGACACGGGGAAGGCUUGCGGUGUGGACUAUGAAGUCAAAGCCUUCUGUGCAGAGAAUCUGGAGGAGAAGAUCCACAAGCGGAAUUCUGUGCGUCUGGUCAUCCGGAAAGUUCAGUAUGCCCCAGAGAGGCCUGGUCCCCAGCCCACAGCCGAGACCACCAGGCAGUUCCUCAUGUCGGACAAGCCCUUGCACCUAGAGGCCUCCCUGGAUAAGGAGAUCUAUUACCAUGGAGAACCCAUCAGCGUCAACGUCCACGUCACCAACAAUACCAACAAGAUGGUGAAGAAGAUCAAGAUCUCAGUGCGCCAGUAUGCAGACAUCUGCCUUUUCAACACAGCUCAGUACAAGUGCCCUGUUGCCAUGGAAGAGGCUGAUGACACUGUGGCACCCAGCUCGACGUUCUGCAAGGUCUACACACUGACCCCCUUCCUGGCCAACAACCGCGAGAAGCGGGGCCUCGCCCUGGAUGGGAAGCUCAAGCAUGAAGACACGAACUUGGCCUCUAGCACCCUAUUGAGGGAAGGCGCCAACCGUGAGAUCCUGGGGAUCAUCGUUUCCUACAAAGUGAAAGUGAAGCUGGUGGUGUCUCGGGGCGGCCUGUUGGGAGAUCUUGCAUCCAGCGACGUGGCCGUGGAACUGCCCUUCACCCUAAUGCAUCCCAAGCCCAAAGAGGAACCCCCGCAUCGGGAAGUUCCAGAGAACGAGACGCCAGUAGAUACCAAUCUCAUAGAACUUGACACAAAUGAUGACGACAUUGUAUUUGAGGACUUUGCCCGUCAGAGACUGAAAGGCAUGAAGGAUGACAAGGAGGAAGAGGAGGACGGUACCGGCUCUCCACAGCUCAACAACAGAUAGACGGGCCGGCCCUGCCUCCACGCGGCUCCAGCUCCACUCUCAUGCACUCGGAUGCUUAUUCGUCUUCUUCCCAUUCUGGUUUCUCCUCCCCUUUGUUCUUCCAGUUUCUACCAGGGGACCCCCGUGGCCUUCCGGAUCACGGUGAUGAACCUCUGGGCUCAGGAUUGACCCCAAGUCACCAUGCCAACAGGACCACAGCGCUCCGGCUCUACCCCGUCUCUGCCGUCACCUCCCCACUCCCCUUCUUUUCAUGCUGUCUCCCAGAAAAGCUUCCAGGGCUCUGGCCUUGGAACUGGACUUGAGAUGGGGAGCAGACAGGGGAGGACGGGGCAUGCGUGUGGUGGGCAUGAGGGCUUGGAGGGGUGGGGAUGAGGGCUCAAGACACAAGGGAAGAUGUCCACGGUCCCAGGCGGUUAACACGGUUCUGGCAGCUAAAAGAUGACACAUUGAAGGCCACCUCCUUCUGGCUGGGAGGGGCAGAACUGUGGACAGAUUCUCAAUGCCUUUUUGAAGUUCUGACCCACCAAAGACCUUCCACCUUCACCCUCCUUCCCACCCGAUGUCCCCCUGUGUCUGAUAGUGACAUUGGUGAAAGUUCGUAGACCCCAGGAGUACAGAAAAGCAACUGGACUGACUCCUACCAGCAGCUACCUAGACCGAGGCAAGCUGCGUGGACUCGCCCAAGUCUAUUUCAGUACUUUCA